AUUACGGAGAGUCGCGAUUCCCAUUGAAACGGAUUGCGCGCAUUCCAACCUGUCAAACCAUCUGUUAUCUUUCCUGUAAGCAUCCAUGAACAUAAAAGUCACUUUAAGGGAGUAAACUGUAAUGCUCGUUUAAUGCAAUGCUCGUUUAAUGCUGUGUCAUGUUAUUUGUUGUCAUUGUAGAUGUCUUUUGCAAAUUUAAAAAUGACGCCGUCGCAUCAGUUGGUCCUGCGGGCCUCUGAUUCGGCGGCAGCCUUCACCGCCGCCACGGGGCCACGCGGGACCCAGGCUCCCGCCAGGGCCAAGAAGCCGGGGGAGGUGGAGAAGGAGGCCCGAGCCCGCGUCGUCUCCGAGGGUGGUGACCCUGGGAACCCCAUGCUGGUGCUGGACUGCCACAGCAUCCAGCUGGGGAAGUACCGGGGUCAGACCUUCAGAUGGCUCCUGGAGAACGACGCGGGCUACGCCUGUCACCUGGUCGACAGUCACCAGCAGGAGCGGGAGACGAGUGCCUCGGACAGCCCGCUCAUGGCCAACAAGGACAGCCUCGCCCGCUACUCCUGCGCCCACCCCGCUUUUGCGGAGCACCUCCAGUUCCGCCGGGCGCAGGAGGAGGCCCGGGCUCGCGCCACUCUGCCCGGGCGGGGAGGCGAGGCGCUUGUUGGCAUCGGGCUGUUCAAGGAGGACACCCUGAAGGACCUGUACGACUCCAAGGACAAGGAGCGUCAGACCUACGUCAAGUGGCUACGGCGGAAGACCCCGCAGCCUGGGAGCGCCAUGGACGUCGCCAUAAAGUACAUUCUGGGCCGAGACAAGGAGCGGUCGGCGGAGGCGGCUGCUACACCCCCUCCGCCCGCCAGCAGCAGCACCAGCAGCGGCCUCAGCACCUCCACCAGCAAGGCCGCUGCUUCCACCGUGCUGCCGCCCCGCAAGCCGACCGCUCCCAAUUUCUCGGCCCUUGUGCGCGGGCGUCCGAUGGGCCCAGGGGAGCUGCAGGCCCGGAUCAGGAGACUGAUGACCCCACCAGCACGGGCUGCAGCUCCAGCGGUGUCUUCCGUCAGAGACCAGCGCCCCUCGGUUCCGCCGCCCCCCACCACAGAGGUGAUGGACGAGGAGCUGGUCCAGACGGUCACUGACGUGGAAAUGGGUAGCUGGCACCACAUGCAUACAUACACACCACAACUGAUAUCUAUUCUUGAGUCAGUGUGUUUGCAUUAACUGUAACUUUUUCAUU